AUAAAUACUAUGAAAAACUUCUUAAAUUGCAAGCUGAAUUAAACCUAGAGCAUCUAGUUAAUUCUCUUUCAAGUGAUACUCAAACACAUUGGAAUUCAACAUAUAAUCUUUUAAAUAAUCUUCUUCUUAUUCAUUAUACUAUUAUGUGA